CUUCAGUUUGCGUGCAAGACCCAGGAAAGAGAAGUCUGAAACCAAAGACUGAAUUAUUGCCAUUUUCUCUAUGCUUGGAACAAGGUCUUUAUUAGGACCCUCGAAGUUGCCACAUCUUUCAAGUUCCAGCAGCAUCUAAUUAUUAUUUUUACUGUUUUUUUCUGAAGACUUGGCUUGUUUUCUCAUUUGCAAUUAUUCAUGGAGUGGGUGAAAAGAAAGAUAAGGUUCUUGCAAGGGACGAAUGAGAAAUUACCGAAUGACACAUUAUCGCCUUGUUAUAUUGAAAAUGGAGGCAAGCUGUUAGAAGGGCUUAUUGCUAACUCUAAUGUUAAGUAUGAUAUUCCUAAUCGCGUCUUUACCAUUGAAGAACUUAAUAAAGCAACAAACAUCGAUUUCCCUAGUCUACGAUAUGAGGAUUCCAGAUCUGUUAUGCGGGAUGGAUUGGGCUAUUACAUCAGCGGCGUUUUUCAGCAACGGUCUAUUCUGGUGAAGAAGUUCAAUCCUUUUGAAGAGGCGUCCCAUGCUGUGAACAACAUUGUAUUCAAGGUGCUGAUGAACCGCCACAAAAAUGUUUUGAAGGUCUUGGGUUGCUGCUUAGAUUUGGAACUACCUGCUAUUAUCUAUGAAAUCGGGAUGAACUAUGGACUUCUAUAUGACCUUGUCGUUAAAAGGAAAGAUGGGAAUAAUAUUGGCAAAUCACUCUCUUGGAGUAAUCGACUAAAAAUUGCAAUAGAGGUUGCAAAUGCUCUUGUUUAUCUUCAUACUGCAUUUCCCACACCUAUCAUCCAUAGAGAUCUAGCCACAAAAAGCAUUGUCAUAGACAAUGGUGUUGUUAAGCUUGUCAAUUUCUCACUCUGCGUAGCAUUGCCUCCCGGAGAAUCACAGGUGGAAGUAGAAUUAGCUGGGACGCGAGGAUAUACUGAACCUGAAUACUUCACAUCAGGCAUUAUCACAGAAAAGAGUGAUGUCUACAUGUUUGGAAGUAUUCUCCUUAAACUCUUAACUAUUCGUUGCCAUUUCUAUGUAAAGUGUGAAAAUACUACUUUAGAUGGUUAUGUAAAAAACCACGUUGACAAGAAUGAGUUGAGUGAAAUUUUGGACCCAGUAAUUUUAGGGGAGAUAGGCGAAACAGAGCAUCAAUUGCAGGCUUUCUCGACACUUGCUUUGAGAUGUACUCUUGACGGAGGGGCAGAUAGGCCAUACAUAAUCGAUGUGGCAAAAGAAUUGGUAAGGAGUCUAUUCAUCCCACUCGAAGGAGCAGCAGAUAAGCCAUAUCGUCAAGAUGUUAUGUUGUUGGGUAAAACACUUUCUAGAUUGUUAUUUUGUUGGGUCUUGAUGCUUACUAGUAAUGUAUGAACGUUUACUCGAGAUAAGCUGUAGACUUUUGAAAGA